UAUCCAGAUGAACAAACAGACAGACCAAGAGAACCAAUAACAUGUUAUGUGCUACUCUGAGACCAUCCCACUGUGAAGUAAGGAGGACACACCCAUGCACUUUGACCAUUUCAGUUCCUGGGUUAGAAACUCUUUUUGCUAUUCCGGGUCAAGACUACAGUGUACUUCUAAUAGAGAGGAGGUCACACAGCUCUUUACUUAGCCUUUUGUUGUUGUUUCAUUAUUUGCUUUGUUUCGAUUUUUGCUCGCUUGUUUGUUUUUUCAGGAGACUGGCAGACGCUAUGAACACUCUGAACGAACAGUAUGAAGAGAAGGUGCGCCCCUGCAUUGACCUUAUAGACUCUCUUCAUUCUCUCGGUAUAGAGAAGGACUUGGCGCUGCCUGCUAUAGCCGUGAUAGGAGACCAAAGCUCAGGAAAGAGCUCUGUGUUGGAGGCGCUGUCAGGAGUGGCUCUGCCAAGAGGAAGUGGCAUCCAGACAAGAUGUCCACUGGAACUGAAAAUGAAGAGAAAGAAAGAGGGAGAGGACUGGUUUGGAAGUAUAAGCUACAAGAAUCACAUGGAGGAGAUAAGCAAUCCUGGACAUGUGGAGAAAAAGAUUCGAGAAGGGAAACAUCACACCACAUAGCAUAUCCUCUCUCUUCAGCACAAAAUAAAAUGGCUGGGUUUGGUGCGGGUAUCAGCAGUGACCUCAUCCGUCUUGAGAUCGCCUCCCCUGAUGUUCCAGACCUGACGCUCAUUGACCUGCCCGGCAUCACCAGGGUGGCUGUUGAGGGCCAGCCCGAGAACAUCUAUGAACAAAUCAAGAGAGUGAUCAAGAAGUUUAUCACAAGACAAGAAACCAUCAGCUUGAUUGUUAUUCCAUGUAACAUGGACAUAGCGACCACAGAAGCUCUGAAGAUGGCACAGCAGGUGGAUCCUGAGGGAGAGAGAACUAUGGGGAUUUUGACCAAGCCCGACCUGGUGGACAAAGGCACAGAAGAGACAGUGGUUAAAACCGUGCGCAAUGAGGUGAUCCCCCUGAUGAAGGGCUACAUGAUUGUCAAGUGCAGGGGUCAGAGGGAGAUCAUAGAGAAUGUGUCUCUUGCUGAAGCUAUAGAAACAGAGAACGACUUCUUCGAAAAUCACGCACAUUUUAAGACUCUCUACGAUGAAGGUCAAGCCACUGUUCCUAGGCUGGCAGAAAAACUGACCAUGGAACUGGUGCAUCAUAUCCAGAAAUCUCUGCCUCGACUGGAAGAACAAAUAGAGGAGAAACUAGCACAGACUCAGGCAGAGCUGGACAAACAUGGCAACGGACCCCCAACAGUGUCAGCUGAUAGACUCACUUUCCUCAUUGAUAAAGUGACAGCAUUUACACAAGACGCCAUCUAUCUCACAAAGGGGGAAGAACUAAAAUGUGGAGUCAAGUCCAGUAUCUUUUUCAUACUCAGAAAUGUUUUUUCAGAAUGGAAGGAAACCAUUGAGACAUCUGGAAAAACAUUAAACGAUACUAUUGAGAGUCCUCAGUACGAACAGAAAUACAGAGGAAGAGAACUACCAGGGUUCACCAGCUACCGUAUUUUUGAAACCAUGAUCAAGGAGCAGAUUGAGCGAAUGGAGGAACCUGCUGUGCUUAAACUCAAGCAGGUGACAGAAAUCAUAAGGAAAGAGCUGUUUGAGUUGGCACGGAGCAGCUUGGCUGGAUUUCCUAACCUCAUCAAAACAGCUAAGAUGAAGAUCGAAGCCAUCGUAAGUGAGAGAGAAUCUGCGGCAGAGUCCAUGCUGAGGACUCAGUUUAAGAUGGAGAUGGUCGUGUACACUCAGGACAGCACAUAUGACAAGAUGAUAGGGAAGCGAAAGAGGGAUGACGAACAAGAUGGGUUUUUCGCCACCACCUUUAUGACUAAGCGCACUGUGAAUAAAAACAACAACAGGGAUACCAUGGAAGAAUAUAAAGAGCGUGUCAAGUCCUACUACCACAUCGUUAGCCAGCGCAUGGCUGAUCAGAUCCCUCUUGUGAUCCGCUACGAAAUGUUGCAGGAGGUUGCCCUCCAGCUACAGAGGCAGAUGCUGCAGAUUAUUCAGGACGAUGGGAAAAACGGGUCCCUGCUCCAAGAGGACUGUGGCAUAAAAAACAGGAGAAUUUACCUUCAGAAUCGCCUUAAGCGCCUGUCAAAUGCACGCUCUCUGUUGACUGAAUUCAGUAUGAACAUAUACAACUUUAGCACAAGCUGAAAACUGUUUUUGAAUUACUUGUAUUCUUUGCAGAUUUCUAUUUAUCUCAAAUCAUUGUGUAUCGAUAGACAAACUUUUCAAAGACAGUCUAUUCAACAUUAUCAAUUUUGUAAACAUUUUUUCGGUGUUAUGUUGUGAAUGAAGCACUGCGCUAAGUUGACUUAAAAACGUAGAGGAGAGGAGAUCAAGUAGACAGCAUUAGUUAAGUGUGUCAGGUAAUGCACAGGCUGUCUUUAUAUAAUGCAUAAAAUACCAACUUUAAAAUUUGCUGUUUACAUUUGUUCUUUUUUUUCUUCUUUUUUUUGGACUCCAAACAACCGAUGUCAUUAAUAACACUUUUCAGAAAAAGACUUCUGUUACGCUCAGAGGACCCUUAGCCACCAGGGGGCCCCAAAGCUGCAAGUUAAGCCUCAUCUGAGGAGAAUUAAAAUGACUUAACUCUUUAUCUGUAACCAUCUCCUUUGUUUAUUAUAUCCCGUCUAAAAAUAAAUUUAAGACAUGAAUAAAAUAAGCUGCAAUGAUGAGCCGUGGCUAGUAUUUUAAGUCAAUAUCGUUGAGACAUUCCUGUUAGUUAGUUAGUUAGUGAGGAUA